AUGCACAGCCCCUGGGCCGUUGACGCCGAGACUAUCGGCUACCAGGCAUUUGCUAGUCUCGACGAGAUAGAGUACGUGCCAGCCGAUCGAUUCGAUGCCGAUGGCAAGCGAGAGGUCGGCUUCUGGGAGCUUCAGGCCUUGAAGAACGAGGUCCAUCGUUUGCGCCCUGAUUCUGUCUGGAUCAAGGACGAUUCGUAUUCUCGUCAGCUCUCUCAACAGUUUCAUCUCUGCAAGUAA